UACAUAAUAUAACAACGUUUGUUACCUUUUUGAAAGCAAAAUAAAAAAAUAAAACAUAAAUAGUUGUGGUCUAAAAGAAAAACGUUUAAAAGUAAAUUAAAUACAAAGUGUAAAAAAAAAUAUACAAAUAUUUUAGAAAAAGUGAAAAAUAAUAACAAUAUUUGAUGCUAAAAAUCAAAAUAAAUAUUAAACUUGUUAAUAACUGUCCAAUAAACGUCAUACGAAAUAUUGUACAACCAAAUAUUUUAUUAAAGAAGAAGCCAAAGUGCUAAUAGAAAAAUUGCAUAGAGAUUUCAAAUAAUUUAUAAAAAAAAGUUGCAAGAAAAAUUGUGAAAAAAAAGAAACUGUUAAUUUAAUCUUAACAAUUUUAAAGCAGCAGCAGCAACAAAGGCGACAGCAAUAACAGCAACCAACAUCAACAACAAGAAGAGAAAAAUACGUUAAAGAAACUAACAAUUUUGGUUAAAACUGGCUUGAUCUAGUCUUAAGACAAAGUUGCAUUCAAAGAAAACUAAACAACUAAACUAGAAAAUUGUAGGUGAAUGUGUUUGAGGUGAAUAUUUGAAAAAGUUAAAUCAAAGAGUGUUGACGUGUUUUGUUGAAGGACUUUGUUCAACUGAUACCAGAAACGAUAAUGAGUAAAAAUGGCCAUAAUAAUCCGGCAUACGUCAACGAUGUCUCGGAUAAAACUCCCAAAAAAUAUUCAUUGGAAUUGACAGAGAAAGGUGACAAAUAUGUGGUAGCCCAUGCAGAUGAUUACAUUCCAUAUGAUCAUCGAGAAGUAGAACAUCCCACCACCAACUCUGAGACUCUGUUUCAUUUGCUUAAGGGCUCCUUGGGUACAGGCAUAUUGGCUAUGCCAAAUGCUUUUAAAAAUUCCGGUUAUGUCACGGGCACUAUAGGCACCAUAAUUAUUGGCUUCAUUUGCACCUAUUGUAUACAUCAGCUGGUCAAGGCUGAAUAUGAAUUAUGUCGCCGAAAAAAGAUACCCAGCAUGACUUAUCCCAAAGUGGCUGAAAUAGCAAUGGGCGAGGGUCCCUCGUUAUUUAAGAAAUUUGCUCCUUAUAUCGGUCAUGUGGUGAAUACGUUUCUAUUGAUUUAUCAAUUGGGUACCUGUUGUGUUUAUGUGGUUUUCGUCUCUUCGAAUAUUAAGUCUGUGGCGGAUUAUUAUCUUGAAACACCCGUGGAUGUACGUUUGUGUAUGGUCAUUAUAUUGUUACCAUUAAUUCUAGUUAAUUGGAUUAGAAAUCUUAAAUAUUUGGCUCCUUUCUCUACGCUGGCUAAUGCCAUAACCUUGGUCUCCUUUGGCAUUAUUUGCUAUUAUAUUUUCCGUGAACCCGUUUCAACCGAGAAUAAAGAGGCUUUUGCUCCCGCAAGUGGUUUUCCAUUGUUCUUUGGCACUGUGCUGUUUGCUUUGGAGGCUAUUGGUGUAAUUUUACCCCUGGAGAACGAAAUGAAGACACCCAAAAAAUUUGGUGGAUCCUGUGGUGUCCUAAAUGUGUCUAUGAUAUUAAUUGUCUUCCUUUAUGUGGGCAUGGGUUUGUUUGGUUAUCUUAAUUAUGGUGAUGAAAUUGAAGGUUCAAUCACAUUAAAUUUACCCUCCAAAGAUAUUUUGGCUCAAUGUGUCAAGGCUAUGUUGGCAUUUGCUAUUUUCAUAACACAUGGUUUAGCUUGCUAUGUUGCCAUCGAUAUCACAUGGAAUGAAUAUGUGGCAACAAAAUUGGGACCACAGCGUAGUAAAAUUUUCUGGGAAUAUACAGUGCGCACAGCAUUAGUGUUGGUGACAUUUUUAUUAGCGGUGGCCAUACCAAAUUUAGAAUUAUUUAUUUCAUUAUUUGGUGCUCUUUGCCUAUCAGCAUUAGGUUUAGCAUUUCCAGCACUCAUACAAAUUUGUACUCAUUGGUAUACUACCCAUGGAGUGGCCAAAGUGUGGUUAUUGUUCAGUAACUUCUUUUUAAUCAUUGUUGGCAUACUGGGAUUAGUUAUUGGUACAUAUACAUCAUUAGCUGAAAUUGUGGCAACAUUUGUACAUUAAAAUCAUUUGCAACACAAUAAACCAACCAACUUUAUUUAAUUUACAUUAUAAUUUAUUAUUUAGUUUUGCAUGUAUAAAAAAAAUUGAUCAUAAUGUUAUAUUUAACAUUCCACUAUAAACAACAAAUUACGGAAAAUCAAAAAAAACGAAAUAGGGGUACUCAUACUUAAUUACAUAUGAUUAAUGUGAAUAUCCUUAAUAAAAUUUAAAAUUCAUAUUUCAUUAAGUAUUACACAUAUAAAAAAUCGAAAAUUAUGCUAUUAAGAUGGGGCCAAAAAAAAUAAUAAAAAAAAACGAAUUCAAGUCAUUAAAUAAAUGUUAAUUUUUUAAUAUUAUUAAUAAUUAUUAAUUUACGUAUUGUAUGUUUAAAGAAGUUUGUGAUAUAUAUUUUGAAUUGUGAUAAAAUUGGUAAAACCUGAAUUACCUGACAAUGAUUUCUAUUGCAAAUAAACUAAAAUACUAAAAAAAUAUAUAGAAAAUAGUAGGAGAAAAUAUUAAAAUCACACAUUCUUUAAGGGUCCCCUUGUAACGAAAUUAUAUACAAUACAAUACAUUUUUUAAGUUCAACUUAGUUUUUAAGUUGUUAUAAUUAUUUUAUUUAUAUUUAUAAGGCAUUUUGAAUUUCAUUCAAAUUCUCAAUAUAUUGCCAUGUUAUUAAUACUAAGAAUUGUAUGUAUUAUAUAAUAUGUAUUAAAUUAUAUUAUAAAAAAAAUCAAACACGAAAGAAUUUUGUUUAAAAAUAAAGACAAUUUAUACACAA